GAGUGGAAGAUAUAAAACUGCCAAUAAAAGAGCGCUAAUACUUAAGCGUCAGAAACAUACAAGAAAACCAGGCACGAACUUUACAAUUAAAAAGAAGAAAUUCCGAGUUCAAUAACUCGAAGAACGAAGAAAAAGAAAAAGGGCAACGAAAAAUAAUGAAAACUCCGAACAGCGUAGACAUAACAACACUCCGAUUCUGCUGAAAGGGCGAACGAAACUGAGCGACGAAACGCUGUGAAUUUCUACGAAGAAUACUGAACUAGGAUAGCCGCAUUCCUAAGCCAUAAACUCGACAAAGGAAUACGCAAAAACGCAUUAAGGCGGAUAAAAGAAGAUUGAAUACAAUGCAGCGAGGACUGACGACGGAUUUCUUCAAUCAACCUGUGAGCGCUAAACUAUCAUAAAUCCUGAGAUAGCGCCUAUUUCUUCAUACAUCGCUUCGAUUUUUUUUCCCAUGGACAAGGCAGCGCAGAGGACUGCAACCGUGAUGUGAACGACGACAGAGGCAGCGCACGGACAACGCCGCAACAAGUGAAACAGAGGCAGAGCCGGACGGCGACGCAGAAGUGAUCGGCAACCAGCAACAAGAAGAAAAGUUUAAAGUAUCCUGAUAGAUUAACGUCUGAAAAUAAAUCAAAAUAGAAAAUUUAUCACACACUGAAAUUGAAGGAAGGAAACACUAAGAAAUAAGAUCAGAUAGGAUAUCUAGGAAUCGCAAUAAGGAAGACAGACUCAGUAUGAAGAUAAUGAAAUGGAUUUCACUAUGGCUCAUGGUGAGCGAUAUCUGCAUCUCCCUCUUGCAAAUCAAGAAGGGAGCAAUCCUAAAAGAACAUGGUCAUGUGAAGAUGAUACACGAUAUAGCGGUUGUAACCAUCAACAUUACAGCUAUAGACGAACAGCAACAAGAGCUUAAUGGUUUAAUGGGAAGAAUUGAAAGUCUCAUGUCUACUAACCAGAACAAUUCUAUUUUAUUAAAGCUUAGGGAAGAUAUAAGUCAAGUGUUACCCAAGAGAAUUAAGAAAAGGUCAUUGUUGCCAUUCAUUGGCACAGCCUUAAACACUUUGUUUGGUGUAGCUACUGAUGGUGAUGUAGAUAAAGAUAGGGCUAGAAUAGAAAAAUUAGAAAUGUGGGCCGCAGAACGAGGUACCAUCAUGACCAAAGUCAUUGAUGCAACUAACAAGAACCAGAAUUUGAUUGUUAAACUAAAGGACUUUGUUAACAACAUGGCUCAGAAUAUUACUACAGAGAUAAAUGACUUAAACAAGUCACAAUAUGUAACUAAGUUGUUAUUUGAAACAGAAACCUUUUUGUUGAAUCAUAAGGAACUGUUAAAUGCAGUAAUGUUAGCCGCUAAAAACAUUUUAUCACCAUACCUCAUCAGUCCUAGUGAGUUGCACCUUGUAAUUGAAAAAUGCAUUGAGGUCACUGCCAAGGAUAUCUUGAUAAUGAUGGACGAAAGAAGGCAGCAAAAGGGUAAAAAUGAAGAUAGAUAUGGAGCUCUGGAUAGAACUAUUAAGAGGGAAUGCACGAAGGCAAAGGAGAAAUGGAUGGAUGAGAUUUGUGAAGGUUUGGAUAAAAGGGAUGAACGGAGAAAGUAUGAUAAGGUGAAAGAAAUUACUUUUAAAAAGAAGAGAAACAUCAGCACUGGUAUAAAAAAAAAAGCGGAUGGAACUAUAGUAAUGGAGUCAAAAGAAAUAUUGGAAAGAUGGACGGAAUAUGAUGGAGAAUUAUUUGAUGACGAUAGAGUGGAAUAUCUAGAUUUGAAUGAUAACGGAGAGGGACCAAGUAUGAUUAGAUCAGAGAUAGAGGCAUCUUAA